UAGAUGAAUAUGGGUGGAGGUGUUGGGGGGGCUGGGGCCAAAGGGAGGAGGCGUUAUACGCAGUGUCAUGGCACGCUGAGAUCAAAGAAAAAAUGUCUGACUCCCGCAAGCUUGCCGUUUUGGCUGCCCUCUUCGUCAUCUUUGGAUGCCUGGCCUCAGCCAGCCCUCGUCGUCCGUCUAAGAUCACCACCCGGUGCUGCACGUCAGUGGCGAAGAGCGAAAUCCCCCAUAAGAUUAUCAGCUACACACGCCAGAACGCCUUGGGUCCUUGCGUGGAUGCCAUCAUAUUUCAGGCAAAGAACAAAAAAAAAUUUUGCACUGACCCCAAGGCACGCUGGGUACAAAAGAAACUAGAAGAAUUGCAGAAACAAUCGUGAGGACAAUGUGGAAAUGGGCUUUGGAAUGGAUUCAAGGUUUUCUUCCAGGCAAUUUCUUUUCCCUGAUUAUUACUGCAUCUUACUUUAGCCCUGACUAUUAGUUAAGUUUAAGAAAAAACUAAAUUCUAUAUUUGUUUUUCUUAGAUUAUGCUGUACGCCAAUAUGUGCUUAUACUGUACACUAUACUGUAUUUAUUUACUGUAUUUCUUUACUAGCAUCUGUGAAGCAAAACCCAAGUUUUUAGUUUUUCAAUCAACAAAAUGUGCCUGUUGAUUCAAUUUUGAUCCUAAGUACUUGUUCACAUCCUUGGAACUAGCUUUAUGUUGGGACUUUGCAAACAUAACAUUUAACCGGAGCAAGCUAAAGACUUAAUAACAGCCCAACUGAAAUCCUGUGCAGGCUUUGUGCGAUUAACAGGCUUGCCAGGUUUUGUAAGCAUCACCUCACUGAAGCUGAUUUCUUUUUGCAUAUUUAAGCAUCUUCCAUGUGUGCGUUCAGCUGCAUGUUCUUCACAAGUCAUUUUUAUUUACUCGUCAACAUUUUUAUCCUGAACAUAGAUAAAUAUAAUUUCUCAAUGCGCUGUUUGAUCUGUUAGUAUAUCACUUUUGGUUUCAGCAACUGAAGCACUUUGUCUAGAUCUUAAACUCCCAAUAUAAAGUUUCUUGUGGUACUUUAGGUCAGUAGUUCUGAACCUCAGUCCAGGGGUCCCCCUGUGUAUGCUGGUUUUUGUUCUGACCAUAGUUGAAAUCCUAGAAUUUUAACAAGCAGUUUAUUUUUCUUAAUUAGAUGCUUUUCAUUUUUGCAGGAAUUGUGUAUCCUCUUGAGCCACAUUAUAUCAUAAAUAGCUGUGUAUGCCAUGUUGAAUAAACCUCUCAUUUUCAAA